CGGAGCUGGGGCGCAGGCCCAGACGGAGACGAGCCGAGCUCGCCGCCUGGUCUCGGCCGCAGCGCGGGCGCGGGCUGGCGUGUCAGCAGUGCGGCCUGGGCACUGUCGGAGGCAGCGAGCCGCGACCCCCUUGGCACCACCCGGCACGGGAGCCAGGAUCGCCCCUGACCAGGCCUGGUCACCGUCUGAGCACGCAGGAGGUCCCGGUGGUGGGAUCCCCCCACUAAUGGGAACGAUGAUUCCAUCCAGGAGCGCAGCUUGAGAACUAGGAGGGGAGAAGAGCUGAGGCUUCGCCUGACACCGGGCAGAGGCGCCCUCACCCGGCCAGGCGUGAGCACCAGGGAGCCUGGCCUCCCAGCAGCCACAACCUGGGCACAGCAGACGAGGACCUCAGCUUUCCCCGUCUGAGCCCGGAGGCUAUCAGCACAGAGCCGGAAUCUUGGCUGGCAUAGGCCUGGCACAGGAAGCGGUGCCCUCACCUGUCAGAGACCAGCCACGGGGCCCGAGGAACUGGGACCCGGCCUGGCCCGCAGAGGGGCUCUCUGGGAGCCCAGAACGCCUCCCUGGGGAGCCCACCUCCCGUCCCGACCCCACUGGUGUGGAUGUGCCGCUGCCCCCUGGAGUACCAUGACCGCAGGAUGACCUCGGCUGAGGCAGCGGCAGGGGUUGGUGGUGCCUGGGCUGCUGGGCUCCCUGAGUGGCCCCUCGGCAGCCCCCAGGCCCUCAGGUUGCCUGGCCAAGCAAGGGUGGCCAUGGCGGCACUUGUGUGGCUACUGGCAGGAGCCAGCAUGUCAAGCCUCAACAAGUGGAUCUUCACCGUGCACGGCUUUGGGCGGCCCCUGCUGCUGUCCGCACUGCACAUGCUGGCAGCAGCGCUGGCAUGCCACUGGAGGGCACGGCGCCCCUUGCCAGGCCAAACGCGAUGCCGAGUGCUGCUGCUCAGCCUCACUUUUGGUACUUCUAUGGCCUGUGGCAAUGUGGGCCUGAGUGCCGUGCCCCUGGACCUGGCACAGCUGGCCACCACCACUACUCCACUGUUCACACUGGCCCUGUCAGCGCUGUUGCUGGGCCGUCGCCACCACCCGCUGCAGUUUGCAGCCAUGGGCCCACUCUGCUUGGGGGCCGCCUGCAGCCUGGCCGGAGAGCUCCGGGCACCCCCAGCUGGCUGUGGCUUCCUUCUGGCAGCCACCUGCCUCCGAGGCCUCAAGUCCGUUCAGCAGAGUGCCCUACUGCAGGAGGAGAGGCUGGAUGCAGUGACCCUGUUGUACGCCACCUCGCUGCCCAGCUUCUGCCUGCUGGCGGGUGCAGCCCUGGUGCUGGAGGCUGGCGUAGCCCCGCCACCCACUCCCACUGACUCCCGCCUCUGGGCCUGCGUCCUGCUCAGCUGCCUACUGUCCGUGCUGUACAACCUGGCCAGCUUCUCCCUGCUGGCCCUCACCUCCGCCCUCACCGUCCAUGUCCUGGGGAACCUCACCGUCGUGGGCAACCUCGUCCUGUCCCGGCUCCUGUUUGGCAGCCACCUCAGCACCCCCAGCUACGUGGGCAUUGCACUCACUCUUUCUGGAAUGUUCCUUUACCACCACUGUGAGUUUGUGGCCUCCUGGGCUGCCCGCCGGGGACUGUGGUGGAGGGACCAGCCUGGCAAGGGUCUUUGAGACCUGAGAGAGCUCCUGGGCCACCUGUGAUAGUGCUGGCCUGAACCCGACCUUGGCCAGUGGCCAUGGGAGAAGUGGAGAGCAGGCAGCUGCAAAUACUGGGACUAUGGGAGGAGAGGCACCUUCUGGAAGGGCAGCCUUGGCGACUGGAAUGGGGACUCCCAGAGAGGCCUCCUCUCACCCUGCCUCUUGUGCCCCAUCACAGACUCACCACUGGAUGGUGCAUCCACGCCUGGCAUGGUUACUGUGCUUGUCAGAGUAAUUAUUAUGAUGACUAUCGACUACUUUGCUGAACACUGCUGGCCAAAUUUGGAAAACCUCAACAUGUUACAAUGACGACGACAAUUCUUGGUGGUUACACAAUCCCUCCCUAGUCGGGGAGGCAGCUGGGGGGCCCAGGUAGGGCUUCUUUGCUGCUGGGCUCUCCUCAGGGAGUUGGAGUAGUCUGCGCCAACUCUAGGCAGCUGCUGCGGCCUCAUCCUGGGCCCCCCAAUUUUGGGUCUUCCGUCCUCAAAUAAACUAUUUUUGCUUGUAUACUUGUGUCACUCGAGGUUACAGCCAAGGGAAUAGGGAGAGUGGUGGGCCCACCCACCCACGCAGCAACUAGGACAUCCUCCCAUGCCCACCACGGCCUGUCCAGGCCCCCACCUGCAUCCCCAUUAUCUUUAAAAUACCUCUGCUGGCCAGGCCUUAUUCAAGGGGACCCAUUGCCAUAGCUUAGGAGCAUGGCCAGGAGGGGCCUUGCAGGGGAGCCGGGCUCCCAUGUAGAGACUCUGGGACAUGAGUCCUAACCCCCAGGGUUAGCCUAACUCCUUUGUGACCAGCUGUCAGACCUCAACUUUGUCACCUCACCUCUCAGCCUUCACUUAGCUCUAUACACUUAACUCUCCCUCCCAGCUGGUUAUUAAGAACGAAUGACAAGGACCUAGCCUGGAGCAGGAAGACCUGGGGCCCAGUCCUGCUCUGCCCACCUCACUGCAUAACUUUGGGUGGGUAGUCCCCCUCUCUAAACCUCAGUAAAAUUUUUUAAUCCUUUUGGAGAGGAUGGAAUGAGGUGCCCAUUGGGCAGGGCCAGGAGUGGGGAGGAUAGUUUGUGUCAGCUGGCUCUGUCCCUGUCUUGGAUUAGUCAUCCCACCCUCUCUGAGGUUCCAGGUCCAUCUGGAAAAUGGGAGGUCCUCCCUUUCUGUGUGAGCCCAGAGGGCUAGACCAGGCUCGCGCUGGAGACUAGGGGGCCUGGGACUCAAGGGGAAUCAUUCUUUCCUUCACAUAACUGAAUUCCCCGAGGACUACUGUGCCAGCCAGUGCUAGGCAGGGCUGCAUGAAGGGUCAGCCCAAGGCUGGAGGUGGGGCAGUGAGGGGCCUGGCAGGCACCUGCCUUGGGAGGUCAGGCGAAGGGGUUCCCGGCCUCACCCUCCACCAGCCUGGCCCUGCAGAAGGGGAAGUAGAGCCUGGUUGAGUCACCUGUCAACCACCCUCCCUGUGACUCAGAGAUGCCGCUGGCCUGACCCCAUCCCUGUGUAGGCUGGGCACCUCCAGGCUCCACUCUGAGAUUUGGCCAGAUGGUAUUGGUGGGUAGGGCCUCCUUGGUGACUCAGGACACUUCCCCAUUCAAAGGGCCCACACCAUAGCUCAGGAGCAGCUCUGCAUCACCCUCACACCUGCUCCUGCCCUUCAUGAAUUGCUUGGUAAUGAAUGGGUCUCCUGUUAGAGCCCAGCCUGCUCAUUGUGGUUGUGGAGGUGGGGAAGGGGAGCUUGGAGUUGUGUCUGACCUGAGGGCUGGUCUGUCCCCAGACUCAGGACCAUCGGGCAUUGAGUGAUUCCCCCAAGGUCACAGCCAAGGUCCUCCCUAUCAUUUCUCCUAGGAGUGGACACAGGGAACACUGGACUGGGAGGCAGAGAGCCUGGGUUUAGGUCCUGGCCCCCCUUACUCCUGGUGUGACCUCAGUGGGUCUCACAGUGUCAUUGGUAGUAAGGAUCACAGGAAUAACCAGUGGGAAGGACUUAGUGGGUUCCAGGUGAGGAAGAGCCUCAUUGAAAGGUCACUGUCCCUUUAGGCUCGACCUCACACGGCUCUGUCGCCUCAGGCAAGUCUCUUCAUCUCUCUGAACCUCAGCCUUUGCAUCCAGCCCCUCUUGGGAAGCCCUUUCCUUAACAUAACAGAUACUACCUUGUCUGGGAAGCUCUCCCUGGUGCCCCCCAAGCUAAAGUUUGGUGUCCCAACUAAAUGCCGCCCGAGCUUCCUGCACAAUCACACCCUAGUCCUAGAACUGGAUUAUUGUCUCUUCUCCAUCACUCCGGGCUCCAUGAGGGCUGAGACGACUGUCUUGCUCACCACUGUCUCCCCAGCAGCAGCACCAUGUCAGGCACGGAGUAGGUGGAAGAGAAUACUAGCCAAGAAUAGGACUCUGGAGUCAGACCUGGGUUAAAAUUCCAGCUCUGGCAUGUCCAAGCUGUGUGGCCUUGGACAAGGGCCUCUCCUUCUGUGUCUCUGUGUGCCACGUGGAAGCAGCAGUAGGACCGAACUCAUUUGGCUUUGAGAGACUCCAGUGGGGUAAUGCAUGGGAAACCAAAAAAGAAAAAGCCAAACCCAUUGCUCUUGGAAUGUGUGGAAAGUGCUUAGCAAUAGUGCCUGAGACACAGUAGGUCCUCAAACUUUAGCAAAUAGACCCUCAUCCCAAAUGGCUCCUAGUACUUCCUCCCAAGGCUUGCUGUGCUAUCUAUCCCCACCAACCACCCCUCCUCAGCCUUCCACUUCAUGUUCAGAGCCCCCAGGACAUCUCUUUCUGGAGCAGAGAUGGGUGGAUACCCUGCCUUGGAGGAAGCCGGGGAAGCUGGGUCUGCACUGGGCAUCCAUGCCAUUGUGGCCUUUGGAAAAAUGCUGGUACCUUGUCUCAGCACCAGCUGCCAGCAUGUCCCUGUCACCCUCCUCUGGUGGCCCUUGGAUUGUCAUUCCAGAGGCCAGAGCAGAUAAGGACUCUUCUUGCUCACUACUCAGGUCCCAAAUCAGCUCAGAGAUGCCAGAAACCACUGCUGCACUGUUCCUGCCUAGUUGCAAAUGCCUCCUGGAAACAACACAAAGCACUUAACUGAGGGCAAUGGAGUGCCAUGGAAGGCUUUGAGAAGGAGCAAGCCAUGAUCUGAUGCUCAUGAACAUUUUUGGACAAAUGGACCUUCCGUUUGGUCUGGGUCUGAUGUGCAGGAGAAAUCAGAAGGGCUUGAGACAGGAGGCAGGGAAGACCAGGAGGAGCUGUUGUGGUGGUCCAGAUGAGUAGAUGGUAACCUGAACUAGGUGCUGGCAGUGGGGACAGUGCCUUGGGCACAGUGUCUGGGGCAUAGUGAUGGGGCAGAGUGGGCACCAGUUGUAUUAAUUUUCAGGUAGAAAACGAUCCCAAAAUGUUAUGGUUUAAAACACCAAGCAUGUAUCAUCUCACAGUUCUGUGGAUCAGGAAUUUGGGAGUCAGGUGGCACAGUGGUUAAAGCUGCCAACUGAAGGGUCAGCAGUUUGAACCCACCAGCCACUCUGCGGGAGAAAGAUGUGAUGGUCCGCUUCCAUAAAGAUUACAGCCUUGGAAACCUUAUGAGACAGUUCUUUUCUGUCCUAUAGGGUUGCUAUGAGUCAGUAUCAACUUGAUGGCAGUGGGUUUGGUUUAGGUUUUUAGGAGGCUGAUUCUGUCUCAGGGUCUCUCCUAACACUGCAGUCAAGAUGUUAGGGCUAUAGUCACAGGAAGACUUGAUUGGGGCUGGAGGAUCUACUCCCAAGAUGGGUCAUCUACAUGGUUGUUGGCAGGAGGCCUCAAUUCUUUGCCAUGUGAGUGUACUUAUGCCAUCGUAGUUGGUUUCCACAGGAAUGAGUGAUCCAAGACAGCAAGAAGCCACAAUGUCCUUUUUGACCUAAUCUCACAAAUCACAUGCUGUCAUUUUACGAUAACUUACUGGUUACAUGGGUCAACUCUAUUUAAUAUGAUCCCUCCCACAUUGACUACACAAGGGCAUCAAUACCAGGAGGAGGGAAUCAUUGAGGUCACCUUUGAGGCUGUAGUGAAUGUUUAUUGAGUUAGGAUGCAGCCUGGGGCCAUGAGAAAUUAGUCUGGGAGCUUCCUGUUCUGGGUCAGAUCUCGUCAGCCACACCUCUACAUGCUCCCUGACCUGUGCUGCACAAUCCUGGCCCACAGCAGGUGCUUAGCAAAUGUUUGCUCAGUGAAAGGGCUGCAGGCUGCCUCCUUUCCUCUCCACUGCAGACAGCAGAAGGCCUGGGCUCCUUGGCCUGGCAUUUCAGGCCCUGGGGGGCCUGAUGUCUCCAAGAUCACUCAAACUCCCCCAACCUAUCCAGUUAUAUGGGGUUGCUUCUGCUCUCUGUGUUUGCUGGAGUUCUCUGCCCGCUCCUGACUUCCAUGGCCCUCACGUGCCACACCCUCCCCUAAACACUGCCAGAACCCUAGCUGAGUAUUCUCUGGCCUAGCAGUACCUGCUUCCUGAAUUGGGCAUUUCUCUUUGUAUGUUUAAACUUUCUUUGGUGGAGGAACCCUUGUCCAUGCCAUCUUAUGCUGGAGCCCUAUUCAAACAAACCCAAAGAGUUGCCCUGGAUAAACCAGAGCCAGGGACCCUCUUGCCCCGUAGUUACCUUUGCUAGACGUCCCAGGAACCCUGCUUGAAAACCACAGGUCGAGUUCAAUCUUCAUUGUACAUAUGAAGAAACUGAAGCCCAAAGAGGGGGAAGAACCAAGAAGACCUCAUGCAAAGAGGGAGUAGCAGGGCUAGGACUUCAUCUCCUAAUUCUUGGCCAUUUCCUACUUCCCACUCUGCUGUAAAGAACAGAGCCAGGAUGUGAAGUUACAGGGGGGUGUGCAGGGUCAGGCUCAGGUUCACAGGGGUGUUUGCCACAAGAAGGCCUGGAAUUCCCCACUCAGUCAAAGAAAGGCAUUGUAAAUAUUUUGCCAAGGAUAAACCUAGAAAAAAUUUGGGGUAAGAGGUCCUUAUGUGAGUUUAAACACAAGGACACCAAUGUGGGAUUAAAUGUGCAAGGAUUUUAUGAGGGAAAAUGUCUAUAAGAGAGAAGUGGGGAAGGCGGGGAGAGCUGUCAGAUUGUGAUACUAGUCCAAGUGGAGGAGAGGGGGAAGGAAGGUUGAGAGGAACAUUCUAGCACCCCCUACAGUUUAAGUCAAGGCCAUCUGGGAGUUCUCAAGUCAAAGAAGCCAAUCAGAGGAGCUCUGUGACUCCCAGGAAUGGGACUACCUUAGUAUCCCUGCUUUGCUCAGGAAUUGGCUGGAAGGAGCUGGUUGGAAGUGUGGUCUCAGUCUAAUCACGGUGACGGAUUUCAGAGGGCAGCAGUUGAGGCCCUUGGAGGUCUGUGGGACGCAUUCUCAUGGCCACCACAGACAGCACUGUGAUUCUAAUUUGAAGAGUAGGCAAAAUUCUAGAAAAAAUCAGGCGUCUGCCUGAAGUCACAAAGCCAAGUCAGUACAAAAGUCCAUACUUUCCGACUCGUACCUCAAGCUCCUGCCUAGGUGAUGCAGGUCCUCAAACCAAAGGUGGAUGGUGAUGGAUUCUUAGGGCUUUUGGAUUUAACAUCCAGGAUAGGUAGGUGGGCCUCUGAGCUUCAGGGUCGAGAGCUACCUGCCCCUGGAUCUUGUAAUGAGAUCACUAUCUCAAUACAGGGCUUUCAGAGAGAUUCCCAGGGCCACCAGCAUGUCCCCAUUUAUCUGACAGGGUUUUAUGAGCCCCACAGGACCUUCUCAAACCAAAGUUGUCUUUAAUUGACUUUAAUUAAUCAAAAAGAAUCUGAUUUCGGCAUUUUGGGGAUACGGAAGUUAGAGGCCUGGGAUCUCUGCUCCAAGUCAGGUGGUAACCAGGCUGUUAGGUUGUGAGGACCAUUUCAUUCUCCUCUAUUAUAAGAUUGUAUUAAAAACUCCUGCAUGAAGUUCUUCCUCCUAGACUGUCUGAGUAAGAAGUCACUCUCCGCUGGGUCUGAAGGAACAGAGUGAAUAGCUGGGGAAGAGGUUUUUGACCCUUUCAACAACCCAAAAGCCAACCCUUGGCCUUCCCCACUUAGGAUGUGAAAUCCUGGUCCCAGCACUUCCAACACUUGUUUAUUUUAAAGAGCUAAAAAAAAAAAAAAAGCAAACUCAGAAUUUUAUCUUUUCACUUAUUAAAAAAAAUGCUUAGAAGGAAGGAAAUAUACCAACAUGUUAGACUUAGUUGUUGCUUGUGGAUAGGAAUACUAGGGAUGGUUCAUAUUUCUUUUCCUUUUUCCACAAAUGAGCCUGUAUUUUUAAAAUUUAUUAGGCUUCUAGUUCUGAGGAGGAUGGAGUUAGCAUACUCUGUCUCUCCCCCAGAAUGCACGAAGCAGCCCUCUGAGAAAUUAAAGGUAGCAGGCGGACUGGGGAAGGAAAGCAGAGCACGCAGUAUAAACAAUCUGCUAGCAGGGCUCCUGUUUGUUUUUUACUCCCAUAUCUCUGUCUGAACUCAAAGGCAGCGUGAAUCUCAAAUCUGUGCUAUGGGGUGGAAAGAAUGAGAGAGAGUUCUGAGAGAAACCCUGUCUUUCUGGUGUUAGAAGUAGGAAAUGGGCCCUUAGGGAACUGAGAAAGCCAAAACAAACCUUUGCUGUCAAGUCUGACUCACAGCGACCCUACAGGACAAAGGAGAACUGCCCCAUAGGGUUUCCAAGGCGUGGCUGGUGGAUUCGAACUGGCAACCUUUUGAUUAGCAGCCAUAGUUCUUAACCACUGUGUCAUCAGGGCUCCUGAGAGAGCUGAGAGAGUGGGGAAAGUCCCUUUAUAUUUUUUCCUCUGUUCUCUCUGGUCUUACCUCCAGGCAACCCCAGGCUGAAGUUGAAAAACAGCAGCAGCAGUAGUGGUAGCCAGGAAAGCACCUAAACUGUCUGACCAAUAGGAAUGUGGUCUAAAGUGUGUGGGGAGGAUCCCCAUUACUUUUUUAUUUUUGAAAAAUAAUUCAGCUUCAUUUACAGUAAGAAAAAUUCAAUUAAAACUACAUUGAGAUACCAUUUCUCUCUCAUCAGCUUAGCAAAAUAUUCAAAAACUUCAUGAUGUAUUAGUGAGGACAUUUUCAUACAUUGCUGGUGAGACUGCAAAAUGACCCAACUCCAGGGGAUGAGAAUUUGGCAAUGUCUAGAAAAGUUACAUAUGCAUUUACAUUUAAAAAAAUGUAUUGAGGCAAAAUUGACUUAACAUAAAAUUAAUCAUUUUAAAGUGACAUUUAGUACCUUCAUAAUGUAUACAGCCACCACCUCUAUCUUGUUCCAAAACAUUUUCAUCACUCCAAAAUAAAACCCUUUAGCCAUUAAGCAGUUUGUAGGAGUGCCUGGAGAGGGGAAGGAGGUGCAGGGCAGUGGGGUGCAGGGCUCUGCUCAGACUGCCACCGGGAAGCUGGGAUCAGAGAGUCACUGAGUGCCCCUAUUGGUUUUAAUAAAAUAAAAAAAAAAAGAAAGAAGGUUUUGACUGUUGUUGCCUGUACUUUUAUUUUUGUUUUUAAAAACAGAUUCAUUGAGAUAUAAUUUAAAUAUUAUAAAAUUCACCCAUUUAAAGUUUAUGAUUCAAUGGUUUUUAGUAUAUUCACAGAUAGGCGCAACCAUCAUCACUGUCAAUUUCAUAAUAUUUUCAUCAUCUCAGAAAGAAACCCCGUACCCUUUAGCUAUCAUUUCCAUCUGCCCACCCCUACACCCAGCCCUAAGCAACCACCAGUCUACUUUCUAUCUCUAUAGAUUUCCCUGUUCUGGAGAUUUCACACAAAUGGAAUCACAUAACGUGGUCUUUUGUAACUGGCUUCUCUCACUUAGCAUGUUUUCAAGGUUCAUCCAUGUUGUAGCAUGUAUCGAUACUUCAUUCCAUUUUAUGGCAGAAUAAUAUUUUAUUGGAUCUAUAUACCACAUUUUGUUAAUCCAUUUGUUUGUCCUUUAACUGACAAUUUUGACUAUUAUGAAUAAUGCUGCUAUAAACAUUCAUGUACAAGUUUUCGCGUGAACAUAUGUUUUCAGUUCUUUUGAGUGUAUAUCUAGGAGUGGAACUGCUGGGUCAUAUAAAAUAUGGUAACUGUUUAUUCAACUGUUUGAGGAACUGCUAGGCUGUUUCCCAAAGUGGCUGCGCCAUUUUACAUUCUCGCCAGCAGUGUUUGAGGCUUUCAAUUUCUCUGCGUCCUGAAUAACACUUGUUAUUAUCCGAUUUUUGAUUCUAGCAAUUCCAGUUGGUGUGAAGUGGUAUCCCAUUGUGGUUUUGACUUGCAUUUCCCUGAUCACUAAUGAUGCUGAGCAUCUUUUCACGUGCUUGUCGGUCAUCUAGUUAUCUCAGUGCCAUUUGUUGAAAAGACUAUUCUUUCCCCACUGCAGAAUAUACAUUCUUGUUGAAAAUCAACUGACUUUAGAUGUAUGUGUUUAUUUCUGGACUUUCAAUUCUAUUCCAUUGAUCUAUAUGUCCGUCCUUGUACCACAUUGAUUAUCAUUGUUUUAUAGUAAGUUUGAAAUUGGGAAGCAAGAGUCCUCUUGCCUUGUUCUUCUUUUUCAAGAUUGUUUUCACUAUUCUGUGUCCCUUGCAAUUCCACAUGAAUUUUAGAAUUGGUGAGUCAAUUUCUAACAAGAAGUCAACUGGGAUUGUGAUAGGGAUUGCAUUGAAUCUGUAGAUCCAUUUGGGGAGUAUUACCAUCCUAACAAUGUUAAGUCUUAUGAUGCAUGAACACAGGAUGUUUUUCCAAUUAUUUAGAUCUUCCUUAAUUUCUUUCAAUAAUGUUGUUUAGUUUUCAGAGUUUAAGUUUUUGCACUGCUUUUGUUAAAUUUAUUUCUAAGUAUUUUAUUCCUUCUGAUGCUAUUGUAAAUAAAAUUGUCAUCUUAAUUCCAUUUUAAUUGUUCAUUGCAAGCAUAAAGGAAUAUAAUUGAUU